UGACGCGCCGCGGCCGCCAGCAUCCGCUUCUUUCAUUGGUCAACUCGUCACACCCUCGCAAUAUUAUUGAAGCUCAUUGGUUCAGAAUGCGGAAGUAAUUCUGUAGUUUCCUUCAGUGGUUCUAGAGUCGCUGAAGCCAUUUAAAAAACUACAUAUCCCAGAACUAAAGAGUCCACGGCACUGUCAAGCGCUAAGGAAGGUCACACGCGUGUUUUGAACACAGGAGAGGAAAGAUGAGAAAGGUUUGUGAAGCAGAAAAAUAGAAACGCAACGAUUGCUUUACAGUUCAGCCUCAUGUUGUAAACAGGGACAGGAAAGGCAACACCUGCUUAAACCUAUUAAAUGAGGAAUCUCUACGAACAGCCAGCUUUGCGUCAGUUGUAGCUUGAAAACAUCACCUAAUUUCCACUAUGUUCCGGAGCUUUGCUAAGAUCCAGAGACAGUUUGGGAGCCUGCUGUCGUUCUGUGAAGUGUGCCCAAAGAAGCGACCCUUAACUGGAGGUUUAAACUAUUCCACAGCCACCGCAGAGAGAAAGAAGUUUUAUGAAGAUGUCUCCAUAUCCCAAGGAGAAGGUGGUUUGUAUGAGAUAAACCUCGACAGGAGGAAGCUGAAGACUCCUGGUGGGAAACUGUUCACAGUGCCUAAUGAAGCCCUGGCCAUCGCCGUGGCAACAGAGUGGGAUGCUCAAAGGGAGACCCUCAAGUUCUACACAAUGCAUCUGACCACACUGUGCAACACAGCUCUGGAUAAUCCCACCCACCGAGACAAGGACCAGAUGAUCAGUUCAGCUCUGAAGUUCCUGGAGACCGACACUGUGUGCUACAGAGUAGACGAGCCCCACGGGUUGGUUGAGCUGCAGAAGAACGAGUGGGACCCUGUGCUGCACUGGAUUGAAAACAGAUAUAAUGUUACUAUCGGCGCCUCGUCCAGUAUUUUGGGUCCGGAGAUUCCAGAGCAGACCAGAGACACGUUCCGGCAGCAUCUGAAUUCCUACAACUUCUGGUCCCUGACAGGGCUGGAGUUUGUGAUCACACAGCUGAAGUCCGUCGUUCUGUCGCUGGGGAUGAUCGACAGGCACCUGAGCGUGGAGCAGGCGGUGCUGCUGUCCCGGCUGGAGGAGGAGUACCAGAUUCGCCGCUGGGGGAACGUGGAGUGGGCGCACGACUACGACAUGUACGAGCUGCGGGCGCGGACCGCCGCCGGGGCGCUCUUCGUUCACCUCUCGUCCGAGAGCUCCACCGUCAAGAGGAAGCUGAUGCAGGACUGAAGAACAGGCUCCGCCUCCCCUGUCCAGGCUCAUCUCGCCCUGACAGCUGCUCCCGGUGAUCUGCUUAAAUCUGCUCCCUCCAGUAAAACCCGCCGGAUCUCUUCAGCGUUUCCAGUAGGUUCUCAGACAUCCGGGACUUUUGUGGUUCAGUGCUGUUUCCAUGUCCAGUUUUCUUUUUCUGUGAUUUAUAUUUAAGUAAUGCAGAGUUCCUCUGCAGUCUGUACAUGCCAUGCUGACUCUGCGGGUGAAAACAUUCACCUGCAUCAAAUAAAACUGCAUCUGGAUUGUUUUCAGCUUUUUUUUUUAUUGUGGCACAGGGCUGCCAGCGUUCAUAAAGAUAUUAAACUACAUGUUCAAAGCUA